GCUAAUAAAGAUGUCGAACAAGGCUUCCAAUUCGGAAUUAAAGCUGUUCUUGGAAGUUGAGCUUUUGCUGGAUCAGAUUCCUGUUGCACCACCCGAAAAAUCUAAAGAAGAUAUCUUACUAUUCUUCAAACUUUACAGCCCUGAGAAAGGAGAACUGCGAUAUGUAGGUAGGCUCUUUGUGAAGCGUUAUGGUAGACCAAUUGAAAUUUUGCCAAGAUUAACCGAGAUGGCAGGCUUCAAUCAAAAUGAAGAAUUAGAACUAUUUGAGGAGAUAAGGUUUGAGCCAUCUGUCAUGUGCAUACAUGUUGACAAGGAGAUGUCAUUUCUUCAGAGUCAGAUUGAAGAUGGAGACAUCAUUUGCUUUCAAAAAGCUCGAAUAUGCAAAUUUCUUUACCCAGAUGUUUCUUCUUUCUUGGAGUAUGUGCAUAACCGCCAGGCGACACUGACAGAAUUCAACACAUAUUUCUCAAAUCUUGAGGAAAUUAUUAAUGUUGCUGAGAGUUCUCCGGCCAGAGGAGGGUCGAACGCAAGCAAUCAAAAGUGUGCUCUUUCAACUUCUGAGACUCCCACCUUGGAACAAGUAGAGAAGGCUAAGCUGUUUUUGAAGGAGUGCCUUUCCGAUCUCUUCAAGCUAAAUGUAAAAGACAGAUUGGCUGAAGCAGUGUCAACAUUAAGCAUAGCCCAAAGUGGGUUAUCACAGGACCAGCAAAAGUCGGUCAAGGCCUUUUGGGCCAACUUCGAUGAGUUCACGUCCGACUUUUUGACCUUCGAGCGGGACAGUGUCGAAUUCGAGUUGCAGAAGUUGCUGAAGGAUCAAAAGUUUGUGACAAUGAAGAAGAAUUAUGAGACUCACAUCUUGUAUAAGCAGUUGUUGGGUGGCGUGACCGAAGAGGAGAAAGAGCUCAACAAAAAACUUGAGGAAGUGAAGUCCAGAAGAGAAAAGCUCAUUUCGGACUGGCAGAUUUUGAUGGUCGAGUCAGAAGAAGCGAAGUCUGGGUACAAGGACCAAGAUAAAAAAGUAGUGGAGGCCGAGGAGAAGAAGAGAAUAGCCGAGGAAAGAAUGUCUAGAUCAACGACUGCUUGGUCAAAUCUAAAGUCGCUAUUCGGUUGAAACUUUAUGGCUUAGAUCAGAACCGGCUAUGAGGACAUUGUUCAAAUGGAUUGCUCUUGUGAAUAGAACUAUUUGUGUGGAAUCUCUUGCUAUGAAGUGCUUUGAUUGGUGAAAACCUGUGCCAUUGAGAAACUGUCACCUUCUGAUAAUCUUUUGUAGGAGUUACCACAUAUGCUGUGCUUUUACACGCUCCGAAUUUCACUUUCUCUGUGGUUUUCUUUUGGUUACUUCAUCAGAGAUUUGUAA